AUGGUCCGCAUCGCUACUAUUUUAGCUUUUGCCCUUGGCGUCAACGCCUUUACAACUACGGUUGGGUUUCCUCGCAAUGCGGCUGAGAAACUUACAUGUACGGCUGAGAAACGUGUAGAUACAGGCGAUGUCAACUUUAAUAAACAGAGUGAGAUUAAACUUUUGGCAUUUAAUGUUCUUGUGAGUCUCUGCGGUUAA